CUCUCUCUCCACUGUUAUAAAAACGGCACUCGCUUGCUAUGCCCAGGAGACACAAACGAGAGAAAUCACAAACCCUACCCCGCGAAACCGGCCACGCUCGUUUGCCCCCUUCGAAGACGAGCUCGAGCUCGACCUCCUCGAGCUCUCCCUUCGCUCUUCCCUCUCGCUCGCCUCCCUCCCCGAAAUUCGUCGCACGGCUUCGGAGCUCAAGCCCGCGGCCUCGGGCUCGUUUCUCCGCGCGUCAUUUGAUUCUGGGUUCUCGUCUCUCCUCCGAAAGUCUCGAUUUUUUCCCGGUUUUCUUUCGACUCCUCCGAUGUGUAAUUAGGGUCGUGGUCUUCUCAAUUGGGGUCUGUGUGUGCCGUAGGAAUAGGGGUUGGCCGAUUGUAAGAUCCCAGUUGUUGGUGUCGGAUUGGGUGUAGAUUAGGGGUGGAAAGAUCGAGUUUUGUUUCGUUGAUUCGUGCUGUAAUGAAGAGGGAUGGGUUUUGAUUAGGGUUUUGAGAUGGAUGGUAUGCGUAGACCGUUCGAUAGAUCCAGGGAAUUGGUCCCCAAGAAGCCCCGGUUGACGGAGGAGCUGGGCGCGCGGCCCUUUGCGCUGAGGCCCGGGGCGCCGGUCGCGAAUCCGCCGCAGCCCAGGUUCAAAUUGGCCGAUAGAGAAGCGGAGGGCAAUGAUCCGAGCAGCGAAGCUUACCAGCCGCAGCCCCUGCCGCAGCACCAGCAGCACCAGGAGCUCGUGGAGCAGUACAGGACCGCGCUUGCGGAGCUCACUUUCAAUUCGAAACCCAUAAUCACUAACCUGACGAUCAUAGCCGGGGAGAAUUUGCACGCCGCCAAGGCGAUCGCGGGCACCGUGUGCACGAACAUUCUCGAGGUUCCGAGUGACCAAAAGCUUCCAUCACUUUAUCUUUUAGACAGCAUUGUAAAGAAUAUUGGGAGGGACUACAUCAGGUACUUUGCUGCUAGACUACCCGAGGUUUUCUGCAAGGCAUAUAGGCAAGUUGAUUCUUCAGUCCAUUCAGCCAUGAGACACCUUUUCGGAACCUGGAAAGGAGUCUUUCAUCCUCAGACUCUUCAAUACAUCGAAAGACAACUUGGCUUUGGAUCUAUGGGUAAUGGUUCGUUGCCAUCUACGACAUCUAGGUCUGAUUCACAGUCUCAACGCCCAGCACAUAGUAUUCAUGUUAACCCCAAAUAUCUAGAGAGGCAGCGGCUUCAGCAGUCAAGCGGAGCAAAGGUAAAUGAUGUAGCUGGUGCUUUGGCAAGCUCAUCUGAGGAUUUAGAGAGGCUGGAUGGAGCACCCAGUGUUAGUGGUGGACAUACAUGGGAGGAUCCUCCAGUGAAAACGCAGAGCAUUCAGCGUUUGCAUAGAGAUCCUCUUGGUGAAGCAGUUCAAGACAAGAACAUAGGUGUAGCUUAUGGAAAUUAUGACUAUAGUUCUGAUACGUCGAGAAGUUCAGCACUAGGAGCCGGAAGAAUUGCUGGUAAGAUUAGUGAGCAGGGACUCAGCAAGCCUUGGUAUGGAACUGGAGGUAGUGUUACCCAAUCACCAUCCAGCCAAAGAAAUGGAUUUAGUGGGAAGCAUGGGUUUUCGAGUUACCAGCCCUCUAAAUCUGCUAGCGUUGAUUCUCAUCUUCAGCCAUCACAUGGCAUCACAAAUAUAAGUGGUGGGAUCUCUAGUAGCUGGAAGAACUCUGAGGAAGAAGAGUUCAUGUGGGAUUCUGUGGACCCUGGAUCUAUGGAGCGCGAUGUAACCAACAUCCCUAGUAUCUCAAGAAAAGAUCGUUGGACUCUCGAUGGUCCGGAAGAAAUGGGAUCAAUAUCUAAUCUUGCAAAACCACUUUCAAAGGAUGGAUUUAUACACACUGGAACUUCAAAUAAUUUAGGUGUAACAGAGGGUUACCCUGGUAGAAUUGUUGGACUGUCAUCAAGUACGAGUUCCUUUUCAAGGAGGGAAGUUGGAUCAGAGAUGAGAUCUCCUAACAUCAAAAGCCCCGGCUUUUCUCCUAGCGCAGCCCCCUCAGGAAUCACAGGAAGCCAACGAAUACAGUCUCUAGGGCCUGCAUCACCUUCUGGACGGUCAUUAGCAUACCAGCAUUCUCUUCCUACUUCUGACACACGCCUUACCCAUCAAAAGUUGCAAACUUUGCCUGAGCAAAACUAUCCGCGAGCACAAAUGCUGCCUCGCACUGAGUUUAAGACAGCUCAUCUGCCAGAAAAGUCAAGUGUAGGGCCAAAUAACCUUUAUAAUCGGGAUUCUACGUCUAAGUUUCGCCUCAAGGAAUUGAAGCCUUCUCCUCCUUCUACACUACCUCUUCAAACAAGGCACCAUCGUCCUCAGUUGCAGCAGGCACGAUCUGAACCUGCAAUGCCAGAGAUAUUAGGUCAGAAUAAGAAGCCAAUUCUCCCGCAAGUUUCUGAACGUGAUGCUUCUUCUGCCCCAGAAACGUCAGGACAGUCGAGUAAGAGUAGUUUUUUGGCUGCCGAUAUUGAAGGUGGAGCUGUCUCUUGUGAUGCUGCUGCUAGCCCACCAAGUGUGAGUGCUGUGGACACAAGGUCUCUGCCGUCACGAGUACUUUCCAAGCCUCCAUCAUUGACUGGGCCUCCCCCUAUCAACUUGGUCUCUGAUUUGGGUGCUUCAUUGUCAACUCUCUUGGCAUCUCGUCGUGAUGACUCAUCAAUUUCGAGAGAUGCAUCUCAAGUGAAGGUGGGACUGCCACCAGUGCCACCAGGUCCUUCUCCAACUGUUGUUGACAAUGCAGCCAGCAGGAGUUCUAGUGCAGUAGAAACAACCUUAAAUCCAGUGUCGAGUCUCUUGAGCACAUUAGUUGCAAAGGGUCUGAUAUCGACAUCAAAGCCGGAGUCAACUUCCAUACCUUCUCAAAUGCCUAUGCAAGUGCAGAACGAGGCCAAAGAUAAUGCCACUGCUGGAUUUGGCCCAGAUUCUUCAGCCUCAGUUUCAACAGCCGUGCCGGUAUCCUCGACUGAAGACGAGGUACCUAUUGUGGAGCAAGUUACGAAGAGCUCUGCUCCCUUGCCUCAUUCGCCUAGGGAAAUAAAGAACCUCAUAGGUUUUGAGUUUAAGCCGUCUGUAGUUCGAGAGUUCAGUGAAUCGGUGAUCAGCGAACUCUUCGAGGACUUUCCACACAGGUGCGGCAUCUGUGGUGUGCAAUUAAAAUGUCAAGAGCAUCUAGAUCUACACUUGGCUUGGCAUGAUUCAAAAGAUCCUGAAUCAAAAGGUUUACUUUUUCUGUCAAGGGGAUGGUAUCCAAACUUAACUGACUGGGUUUCUCGGAAAGUAGACCUUCCAUCUGGAUCUGAAAAUUUUGUUUCGGAAGAAAAGAGUGGCGAGACAACUGAGAUGCAUGGCCCGAUGGUUCCUGCAGAUGAAUCUCAGUGUGCUUGCAUCUUAUGUGGUGAGCUCUUUGAUGAUGUUUAUAGCCUUGAAAGGGAUGAGUGGAUGUUCAAGGGAGCAGUCCACAUGGAUAUCCCACCUGCGUGCGGUGCUAUGAGCGGCAUAAAAAACCAGAGUUCUCCUCAGGGUCCCAUCGUCCAUGCAUCUUGCAUAUCAGAAAGUUCACUACAGGACCUGGGAUUGGCCAAUGAUUUAAAGCUGGAGAAGGAUGCAUAAUGCUUGGGGUGUAGGAGCUGUUUGUAUACCAGUGCACCAUUGCCAAACGAAGCCAACUGAGGGAAAUCAGGUUUGCUCCAUGUGGGCCGAGAACUAUGGCUUGCAUUAAGCUAAAUUUUGUUAUGUUCCAAAUGGCGCUGAGAUCUGUUUCUUCUGCGUUGAAAUUUUCUUGCCUGUAAUGUCUAUAGUCUGAAGGAAAUACACACAGAUAUUUGUUUGCACCUCGAUUUUUCCUUCACUAAAGUGGUUUCUAUGUUGUUUCUCUCUCUCUCUCUCUCCUCUCUCUCUCUUGACUAUGUGGAGGGGCUGUGCGGUUGGGGACUUGCAUCUGAUGCUUUAUGCCCGGCACUUUGAGCCCUCUUGGUUAUCCUCAAGUUGGAUGGAAUGUGAGCUUCGAGGCACUAUUAGAAACAUUGCACCGUCCCUUCUUUUCUGCAAAGAUCAUAGACCUUGUAUCAAUACAUUGAGCGGCUUCUGAGGGUUUUUUUCUUUUUUCUUCUUUUUGCUAGUUUUCCCUUCUUUUAGUUGUAUACAAUGUUUCAUCUCGUAGACCAAUGUGGACUCGAGGUUUUUAUUUCCCCUUGAUAGUGAAGUGCCCUGGAGUUAAUUA